CGGCCGCCCAGAACACAGUUUGCUCGCGCGCGUUGUAGUCAACUUUGAAAAAAAUUUUGGCGCUCCCCAUCCGUGUCGGUAGCCGUUACAGUCACCUCUAAUCCCUCUAACCCCUCCUCCCACAAAAUGAACACGAGCUUUGUCUGGUUUUUACUGGCUAGGGCCGAAUGUGUGUUGUUCACCGUCGCCGACGACAUCCAAGUCCGCCGCGUUUACCGUUAAAAUUUACGGGACCAGUUAAACAAACGAUAAUUGUACAAUCGGUAUAUUAAAUAUUAUGAUUAUCAAACGUUUAAACUUUACCGAAUCAUGCGAAUGUGUAGUUUAAAUAAAAUUGCUAAUCUGAUCAAAAAUUACAUCUUCGCCACGUGCUGCGUCACACUCCUUAGCACAUCAAAAUGUCAGGGAAUAUCAAAUAUGAGCAUAACUAUGCCAGCAGCCGUCGCGUCUGGCGAAUCUGUCAAAAUGACGUGUACGUAUAAUUUGGGAACCGAUCCUUUGUACACAGUUAAAUGGUACAAAGGCAGUAAAGAGUUCUUCAGGUAUGUACCGAAAGAAUUGCCACAUACUCGAGUGUUUCCGUGGCCUGGAAUCAACGUAGACGUUAGUCAGUCCGGUCCUAAUCAAGUGGUUCUCAGAGAUGUUCAAAGGUACUUAUCUGACAAAUAUCGAUGUGAAGUGUCAGCAGACGCUCCUUCAUUUCACACGAAAAUUGUAUCAGCGUGGUUGCACGUCGUAUAUCCUCCGAUUGGACGACCAAUACUGUCACUUGAAAAGCGGCAUUACACAAUUGGUGACAAGUUGAAGGGUAAUUGUACAUCACCACCAUCCAGUCCACCAUCGAACGUUACUUGGUAUCUCAAUGAUAAAUGGAUGAACUCGAGUUUCGCUCGUUCGUUAGACGAUGAUUAUGAGAUCGGUCGGGGUCACAAAAUGCGGACCACAACAGUUGGAUUGGAAUUGGAAGUAAAUAGUUUCAGGGUAGGCAAAAUGCGUAUUCGUUGCGUGGCCGACUUAUAUGGUGUUUUCCGUACAUCGACAGAAACAAUACUGGACGAAGAGAAACCUCGACUCGCAUCAAUUUUGAGUACAUUUUCGUCUUCGCCUAACGACGACGAAGUGCUGGAUGAAAAAUGUAGUGUAAAAUAGGUUUAAGGAGGAUUAAAGGCGGCGGCGAUGGCAGCACAUAUUCCUCGCCAGUGGUUGUAAUGUAAUGGUCUCCAGUCGUGUAGAAGGCAAUUUAUUUGUUUGCCGUGUAUGUGUGUGUGUGUGUGUUUGGUAGCGUUGCUGCAAUAGCGUAUAUAUCACACGAUCUUAAAACCUACACAGACGCGUAAAAUACAAUGAGAAAAAAAAAAUAAGAAAAAGGCAAACUGUCCACCAUACCGCCAAUCCGAAAAACUUAAUAUUUAUCAUUUGCUUUUAUCCAAACUCUUACGAUAUACACAGAUGUUUAUCAUUUCCAUUAAAGGCUAGCGAUAGGUUUUCUUAUAGUUUCCUUGUUGACCAAACUUUUUUAAGAUAUUGGCAAUCGGUUGAAAACAGGUGUCAGAUUUAUCCAUUUUCCACCUCAUUUAUUUUCAUUUUCUUUCUAUUAUAUGUUUUGGUCGGAUCAAUUAUCUUAUCUGAAAUUCCUGUCUAGUGUAUUUAUAACAAGUGGAACACAAUUGAUAGCGGGUUUAUUGGUUUUUAGUACAGACGAUAUUUUUCAGAGUUAACAUCAUUUUUAAACUCAUUUAGAGUUUUAAGUAACUAUUUAAUGAAAAAAAUCAUGUAAAAAAAGCUUCUCAGAAAAAUAAUAAACUGAAUAUAAUUACGUUUUUAAAAAUAAAACACCAAAAAGAAAUUUUACAUUAAGACAGUCGCAUUAUAAUGCGUUCGUAUGCCAACAAACGCUAUAAAAAUGGCUUUACGUAUUCAUA